AAAGGCACAGUCCACUGGGAGUGACCUGAGAGAGUGGAUUAUACUAUACCAGGAAGGGGAAGGCCAACAUACACUCAGCAUAAACAGCCUUGCCCCCCACCCCCUUACCAGAGUGACAUCAACCAUAUUCAGGAGCUGGACCCACCACAGCCUACAGUGCUGGGGUCACCAUCUUCUUUUAUUGUACAAGAAAGGAGAGUUCCUAUCAUAUACUGGAAAGAACAUGUUCUUUUGGGUAUUAGCCCUCCUAAUCUUUUGUGGUUUUGUAUGGAAUUAUAAAAGACAACUAAAGAUUGCAGACAUCACUGAUAAGUACAUUUUCAUUACUGGGUGUGACACGGGUUUUGGAAAUUUGGCAGCCAGAACUUUUGAUAAAAAAGGAUUUCAUGUAAUUGCUGCUUGUCUGACUGAAUCAAAAUCAACAGCUUUAAAGGCAGAAACCUCAGAAAGGCUUCACACCGUGCUUCUAGAUGUAACAGACCCAGAGAAUGUCAAGAGGACUGCCCAGUGGGUGAAAAACCAAGUUGGGGAAAAAGGUCUCUGGGGUCUGAUCAACAAUGCUGGUGUUCUCGGAGUGUUGGCUCCCACCGACUGGCUGACAGUGGAAGACUACAGGGAACCUAUUGAAGUGAACUUGUUUGGACUCAUUGAUGUGACAUUAAAUUUGCUUCCCUUGGUCAAAAAAGCUCAAGGAAGGGUUAUCAAUGUCUCCAGCAUUGGAGGUCGGCUUGCACUUGGUGGAGGGGGUUAUACUGUAUCCAAAUAUGCAUUAGAAGGCUUCAAUGACAGCUUAAGACGGGACAUGAAAGCUUUUGGUGUACACGUUUCAUGUAUUGAACCAGGAUUGUUCAAAACAGGAUUAUCAGAUCCAGUAAAGGCCACCGAAAAAAAACUUGCCAUUUGGAAACAUCUGUCUCCAGAUAUAAAACAACAAUACGGAGAAGGUUACAUUGAAAAAAGUCUAGACAAACUGAAAGACACUAAUUCUUUUGUGAACAUGGACCUCUCCCUGGUGGUGGAGUGCAUGGACCACGCUCUCACGAGUCUCUUCCCCAAGACCCAUUAUGCUGCUGGAAGAGAUGCCAAGACCUUCUGGAUACCUCUGUCUCACAUGCCAGCAGUUUUGCAAGACUUUUUAUUGUUGAAACAGAAAGUAGAGCUGGCUAAUCCCAAGGCAGUGUGAGUCAGCUAACAAAUGCCUGCCCCAGGCUAUGAGAUUGGCUGCUUUCAAGGACUCAUCUCCUUUUUGGUCUCAUUCUUUACCUGAUGCAACCUGGACUCAUUUAGAUCAUGCCUCCUUUGAUAAAUGAGGGAAUCCAACCACCACUCGGGAUGUCCCAGGGUCCCUUUUCAAGCCUUCUUUGGAAAGAAGGGCAGUGAUGAUGGGUCAUAUAGAAAGGCCAGGAUGGCACCUGCCCAAUAUUGAGGUUUUGCCUGCUUAACAGGAUGUAAAGGAAAUUGAAAGACUUUCCCAUUCAAAAUGAUAUCUAUCACCUGCUCCAUGCCUCUAGCCACUACCCCUUGAACUCCAGAAUGUUAAGUAUUUGCCCCUUACCAAAAUGUUGAGAUAAGUAGAAUACUGGGGCACGUGGGUGGCUCAGUUGGUUAAGUGUCCAACUCUUAAUUUCAGCUCAGGUCAUGAUUUCACAGUUCGUGAGUUCAAGCCCCACAUCAGGCUCCGCGCUGACAGUGUGGCCUGCUUGGGAUAUUCUCUCUCUCUCUCUCUCUCUCUCUCUCUCUGCCCUGUUCCCCUCAAAAUAAAUAAAUAAACUUUAAAAAAUUAACAGCAUUUUUUUUUUUAAAAAUGGUAAGUAGAAUACUUUUCAUGAGAGGAUUGGAGAUGUUAUUUUGCUGAGAAGAAGACUCUGAAGGGUUGGAACUCACUUUUGUAAGCUUUGACAGGUCAGGAGAAGGAAGGGUGAGGAAGCAUCAUGUGACUGGUAUCGGCUACAGGGAGCAGAAAAACACAAAGUAGGACUGCAAGUAGGAGAAGGAAAAGAGCAGGACAAGAGUACUGAAUGGAAGAAACAAGUAUGAAAGUGGAGAGAGGGAGAUUCCAGGACAAGCCUGCCUAUUUUAGAGGGAGCUAUGGAGGCUAAACAGCCUAUUCAAGGCCACUGUGAACAUUGACGCAUACACCAUCUGUGUUUGAGCCCGCAUCGGGCUCUGUGUUGACAGCUCAGAGCCUGGAGCCUGCUUCAGAUUCUGUAUCUCCCUUUCUCUCUGCCCCUCCCCCGCUCAUGCUCUGGCUCUCUCUCAAAAAUAA